UUCUCCCUCCUUAUAUGAUGCCAUAUAUAUUCUAUCCCCUUCUAAUUCAGCGUGCUGCACAUCCUCUGACUUUCCCAUGAGAUGAAUGGCUCCUGUUGAUGGUCACUGGGCAUCUCUGCUGGCAGCAGCGGGGGGAGGGGGAGGAGAGGUUGAAGCUGUCCUGCAUCAAUGAGCCUGUUGAUCAGAAAAGACCACUAGACUGGUAAUGACACACUUCACCGAUCACACACGGGGAAAAUAAAACUCAGCUUUCACGUCCAGUUCUUAUUUAAGCAGGACGCCCGCACUGAUCCUCAGUCUACCUCAGAUACCGACACCUGUCUGGAGUCAUCGAGCUGUGAGUGUAAACGAUGAUUUGGACUGCUGCUCUCCUCAUGAUUGUUGUUUCAUACGUUGAUUCAGAUGACUACUGUUACGAUGAGCCACACUGUGAUCCGUACGCUUGGGGAGACAUGUUCCCGUCUUGUCACCCUCUGCUUGAAGAGCAUCACUCACCCAUCAACCUGGACCACGAGAUUACCCGAAACGAGUCUCUGGGAGCUUUACACCUGGAGGGCUUCGAUGUCACACAAACAGGCCACUGGAUGCUGAAAAACGACGGACACUCUGUCAUCCUGCAGGUUGGCGCUGGCAUGUCAGUGAGCGGCGGAGGUCUCCUGGACGUGUACCACACCAUCCAGCUGCACUUCCACUGGGGAGGCCCAGCCACUAACGGCUCGGAGCACACGGUGGACAGACGCAGAUACCCGAUGGAGAUGCACAUCGUCAACAUGAAAUCUGUCCAUCCGAAUCUGACGGCGGCACUGGAUGAUCCAACAGGACUUGCCGUUCUUGGAUUCUUCAUUGAUGUUGUUUACGCAGACAAUGUGCACUUUGGACUCAUAUCACAAAAGCUGUCUUCCGUUGCUUACAAAGGCCAGACCACUAAAGUCAAGCCAUUCCCGCUGAUGAACCUUUUGCCAAAGCACAACAUGAGUCAGUAUUACCGGUAUUAUGGCAGCCUCACCACCCCUCCAUGUUCUCAAGUGGUUAUUUGGACUCUGUAUGAGGUCCCCAUCUACAUCUCAUGGUCCCAACUGGCUCAGUUUACCUCACAGAUCUUCUCCACUGAGGAAGAUGCCGAGCAGGUGACACCUCUGCAAAACAACUUCAGACACAUCCAUCCCACAUUCAGUCGCAUGGUCUCUGCGUCCAAAGAUGCCAGACUCCUCGCAGGGACAGCCAGUCGUCCCCUCAGGUCAGUCGUGUCACUUCAUCUGCUUCAAAUCUUUUUGCUGGGAAUCUUCAUCUACGGACUUUAGCGCCACGUUAAAAUCAAAUCCAUGAAACACUGCUACGCCAAACAAAGAUGGAGUUUUUGGCACUCACUUUUCCCUAAAAUGACAUUAAUAUGAUGUUUAGAUGAUGUCCAACAAAAACAAACUGUGAAGAAAAGUACUGUAAAAUGAUUGUUACUAAAUGUUUCAUGAUUGUGCUGCUGUCUGCAGGACUAACCCCAUUAGUGCAUUGAAAACUAUUUUUGAAUACGUCUUGUUACUAACAGUGUAAAAUAUUGUGAAUUGAGCAUUGUAAUGUGUUUUAUGUGCUCAUUUAUGGCUGUAGGCCUUUGCAUUUAUAGCAUAUAGCAUACUAGUUUUUUUCAUUUGGCUUUGGGUCAGAGAUUGUAACUCCAAAAAUACCACUUCUUUAGUAGUCAAAGAAAAAAAAACUUGUUUUUUCUUUGUGAAAAUAUAAGACUCUACAGCAGCAAUACUCUACUCAAAUCUGGCUCGCCAUUGGAUGCCAGGUGGUCCACCAAUCAUUUACUAAAUCACAAAGAAAAUAGAUUCACACUGGAAAUUAAAAAACGGUUUAUGUAACAAGGUACCAUUUAAAAGAGUGCAUUUAAAAAAACAUAAAGAUAAAGCUUGUUUAUUUGUUUAUUUAAAAAAGUGCCAGUGGAGGAUCCUUCAAAUCCCUGACAGAGACUUUCACAUUUUAUUCUACUUCAGUAAAUACCAGACUCAUGAACCGUGAAGCAUUUAUGCAUCUUAAAAAAAGGUGGUUGCUAACAGGUGGCUUAUUGAGACUACACAACAUUUUUCUGUAGGUUGAUGCAGAAGUUAGAUUUGUCCUGGUUCUCUUAUCAAAAAGCAUAUGGGAUUGUUCCAUUGUAUUUUGGGUCAAUGCAGAAAAUAAGAACUUUGGCAAACAAAUGUUUUUGAUACUGUCAUUUAAAAAAAACAAACAAGAUAAUUAUCACAAACGAAAACCACUUUUAGGAGUAUUAAAGCCUAAAUGCAAUUGCCAGAAGUAAAAAGCUAAUGUUAGGCUAACGCCUCCGCUGUAACGGGGCUGUAAAGCCAUAUUCAGCACAGUAUGGCCUUAUGUUGUCAUAUAUAUAUAUACAAAACAUAAUUUUUAAUUUUAAAAUAUUGUAAUUGUAAAUAUAG